GCAUAAUCUGCGGAAGAUCAAGGAAGAUUUUGAGCUGAAUUCAUGUUUUAGAUGAGCAAAAUCUGGAUUUAACGGGGGUCUUCAGUCCUUGUUUUCUCACUGAUCAUACUCUAUAGGAUUCUGGCAUGAGCCAGAUAGUGCUUGCCGUCUAUGGCCGAGCAAGCUGAAAGUCAGCCUGGGGGGUCACGCAGACGGACACAUCGUCACGGCGGGACUGAACAACUUUCCAAGUUAUUAAGUGAACCAGAAGAUACUUCAAGUAACUACUCUAUCAAAGCUAAUUCAAAAAGUAAAAGUGACCUGAAAGUGAACAGAAAACGUUCGGUGCAGAAUUUGGGUGUUAAGACAGAAGAAGAAGAAGUCGACUCGCACAUCAAGGUGAAGAAGGUUGCCAACAAGUCAAAGUUGAAAUUUUCUGACACGGUUUCAAAAAAGGGCAAAGGUUUUCUUCCCUUCAAGAAAAGCCAGACAUCGAAGGUACUACUACAGCCGUCUGCUACGGUUUCCGUGGAAGGCUGCGGUACCAGCCAAGCUAUCGCUCCAAUCAAGGACGCAAAGCUAGAUUCUCUAUCCAACAGUCCAUCGAAGUAUAGCCCAAUCAAAAAUAAACUGCGAUCAAAUUUACAUGCAAAAUUGUGUGACGGCAUUUCUUACUGCACGAAGAGAAAAUCGAACAAUUUCAGUAACCAAAAAGACAUCUCUACUAAAAGUACCAACAAAGUUAAAGGAGGUGUAAACAAUUUGGUGUUAGUCGGUAAGAACAACUCGUUCAUCAAGAAGGCAGUGGAACUGCCCAGCACCUCGCAGACAGCCGAGAAUUGGGUGGCUGUUCCGAGCAAGCGCAAGUGCCUCAGGUCAUCUGCCGUGUUCGAGAGUGAUCACAAUAAGGGAGCGGAAAAAGCGACCUCGUCGGGCUCCACUACAAAGGCUGAUUCGGCUGGUUCUUUGAAGAAAAAGUCCGGUACAGUCGAACAGGGCAUUUCAAAGAGAGACUCGAGAGGCAAGAAAACGGGAUCUUGUGCAAGUAGCAGUGGCAGGCGUUCCUCUGCCUGGACUCGGCGACAAGGGGCAGGUAACCAACCUUCAAGCUGUCGUAAUUCCUCGAAUAACCGGGACCGUGAGGGGACAUCGAAGGCACCGUCUAACAACACCAUGUCUGGGGAGGAUAACAAUGGCAACACCGGGGGUGGGAGCGGAGUGGGCGGUACCAGACAGCGGGACGAAGGAGCCACUGCUCAAGGAGCCACAAGUACAACUGCUGGGUCGGGAGGACCAGCGAUAAUGACGUCAGAGAGUGAAUCAGAUGAAGCGGACAUGGGGCGCCUUCAGGCACUCCUUGAAGCCAGAGGACUGCCGUCCCACCUGUUUGGUGCACUGGGUCCACGCAUGCAUCAGCUGCUACACCGCACCAUGAGCGGAGGAACAAUGAGCAAGGUCCAGCAGCUGUUACAAGGCUUACAGGCGAAUGGGGACGAAGGCCAGCAGUUGACCGCUGUCAUGGAAAUGUGUCAGCUGCUGGUGAUGGGGAACGAGGACAGCCUGGCGGGUUUCCCCGUGAAGCAGGUUGUGCCUGCCCUCAACACGCUGCUGCAGAUGGAGCACAACUUCGACAUAAUGAACCACGCGUGCCGCGCGCUCACGUACAUGAUGGAGGCAUUGCCGAGGUCUGCCGCGGUCGUUGUCGACUGUGUGCCCGUCUUCCUCGAAAAGCUUCAAGUGAUUCAGUGUAUGGAUGUUGCUGAGCAAGCAUUAACUGCGCUGGAGAUGUUGUCACGGCGACACAGCAAGUCUAUCCUCCAAGCAGGUGGCAUUGCAGCGUGCCUGAUGUACAUAGAUUUCUUCAGCAUAUCGGCCCAGCGGAACUCGUUGACGGUGACGGCGAACUGCGUCCAGAACAUGACGACCGAGGAGUUCAACUACAUCCGAGAGUCGCUGCCAUUACUCAGCGGGAGACUCAAUCACCAGGACAAGAAAUCUCUUGAGAGUGUGUGUCUGUGUUUCUCCCGGCUCGUGGACAACUUCCAGACAGACCAGCGACUUCUCAAGGAGAUGGCCGUGCAUGGGCUGCUCACAAACGUACAACAGCUGCUUGUGAUCAGCCCACCAAUCAUCAGUUCGGGGACGUUCGUCACGGUAAUCCGCAUGCUGUCAGUCAUGUGUGCCAGCUGUCCUGAUCUGGCGGUUGUUCUUCUUAAACAGAAAAUUGCUGAAACGUUGUGUUACCUGUUGACUGGUUCCUCUGAGCAGUGUGGCUCAAAUGUUGAGCUUGUUUCAAGAACACCCCAAGAACUGUUUGAAAUAGUUUGUCUUAUUGGGGAACUGCUCCCGAAGCUGCCGAGUGAUGGUCUGUUUUCCAUCGACGUGAUGCUGCGGAAGGGCUGCUCCGUAAACAACGAUGCUGUCGUCUGGCAGUGGCAGGACGACCGCAGCAUGUGGCACCCGUACACGCCCAUUGACAGCAAAAUAGUCGAGGCUGCGUACCAGGCUGGAGAAGACGAAGUGAAUCUCUCCACGAUGGGCCGGUCGUACGCCAUCGACUUCAACUCCAUGCAACAGAUCAAUGAAGACACCGGGACGGCGCGGCCCGUACAGAGGAAACUCAACCCACUGGCGUCCGGUUCACAGAAUAGCUCAUCUGCCUCGCUGUCUGACCCGUGUCUGGAGAGGUGUGACUCGAGAGCGGAGAUUCUGAAAGAAGACCGCGAUCUGGCCACAGUCUUCAUCCAGACGUUGUUCGGUGUGCUCUACGAAGUGUAUAGCUCCUCAGCUGGACCGACGGUUAGACACAAGUGUCUGCAGACUAUUCUCCGAAUGAUUUUCUAUGCCUCUGAUGAUUUGCUCAGACAGGUUCUCAAGAACCAACCAGUAUCAAGCCACAUAGCCGCUAUGAUGGCCUCUCCAGAUCUCAAGGUUGUUGUCGGUGCAGUACAGAUGGCCGAAAUCCUCAUGAAGAAACUGGCUGAUGUGUUUGCAGUCUACUUCAGGAGAGAAGGUGUGAUGCACCAAAUAAAGAAACUGGCGGAAAUGGAGGUGGGUGCUUCGUUGUGCCCCACCAAGUCGAUACUCAGUGUGGGAUCCACGCACAGUCUGAGCAGCAACAGCAGCGUGGGCAGUGCCAACAGCUCCGCGAUGAGCAGCAUCAGCAACGACAGUGUUACUGCUGAGAAACGGGACGGCGAGUUCUCAACCACGGGGGCAUCGGCCUUCCCAGAGGAACAGGAUCCUACGUCGUCACACAUGCGUUUGAGUGAUGUACUUAAAAGAAAGAGACCACCAAAAAGAGGUCCAGUGAAAAAAGGAAACAAGACUGACGAAACGCUGGAGGCUGGUGCCAGGGGAGGUCCCGGUCCGGUACUUAGCGGGCGUACCUCGGGGCGGGGCAAGACUUCAGCAGCUAAGGAAAGCAAGUCGGGUACAAGUGCCAAAAUGUCUUUCUUACCCAGCUUCAAUCCAAGAAGCUGGGGUCGACUCGGGAGUUCAUCUAGCUCUGCUGAGAGACCUCCACUGCCAAAGGACUCGAGUAUACAGAAAAUUAUAAUAAAUUCCACCUCAGCAAAUAAAGAGAAAAUCAAAACUUGGAUCAAGGAUCAAGCGUGUAAGUUCCUCGAGCGGUAUUUCUCCAGUGAGAAUGCUGGCGGCAGUCAUCCGGCUCUUGGGGUGCUGAAGCGACUCUGCACAGCCACAGAGAAACUCUCCCUUGAGGAGGACCACGGGAUUGAGGUUUUGAAGGAAAUUUCCAGUAUUAUGCACGAGAGUGACGUUUCUCCAUUUGAGAUAAUUCACAGUGGCCUUGUCAAGAAGAUGCUCCAGUACCUGACGACGACAUCGGGGGCAGUACAUCGAGAUCUUCGCAUACGCCGCUUUCUGCAUGUCUUCCUCAACUGUCCUGAACCACAUGUUGUGUACAUGAAAGAGCGAGGGAAGGAAGGAAACACUUCACUUUCUCCUCUUGUCAGUAAAAUGGUCGGCUGCCUUCAUCAGUUGGAACAGUUCCAAGUGAAAGUGCACGACCUGCCUGGAGGACACAGCAGUAGUGGGCGUGGCUCCAAUGCUUUAAAGUUCUUCAGUACACAUCAGUUAAAGUGCCAAUUGCAGCGCCACCCGUCUUGUACUGCGUUGAGGUCCUGGAAAGGAGGUCCAGUCAAAAUAGACCCGUUGGCCCUGGUCCAGGCCAUUGAGCGCUACCUGGUCAUGAGAGGGUAUGGACGGCCAAAGGAUGGUGACGAAGAAGUCAGUGAAGACGAAAAUUCUGAUGAAGAUGUCGAGGACACCAUGGCGGCGGUGUUCAUUAGUCAGGGCACGGCGCGACACCGCCUUGAGUUCCUGAUGGGCGAGCACGUGUUGCCGUACAACAUGACGGUGUAUCAGGCCAUCAAGCAGUUCAGCCAUGCCACGGACCGCGAGAACAGUGAAACCGACACCGACACAGACACAGAGAACCCCCUCGGUCACACCAACAUCUGGGUCCAGACACACACCAUAUGGUAUCGAACUGCCCCAGAUAUGGAGGAUGUAACGGCUACAAGUCCAAAGAAAACGAAAGCAGAAACGAAAGGAGGCAAGUCUUCAAGGAGGAAAACUGAUGAUAUGCAUAAAGAUAAUCAAUGUUCUGUGAUAGUACCUAUUCUAGCAUCCUAUUUAACUGAGAAGCUUCCAGCGUUUGUGACGAUCCAGGACCCAUCUCUAGAUGUGAUAUCGUUGCUGCGGGUCCUGUAUGCCCUCAACAGAUACUGGGCAACAUUAUAUGAUGUGUCUUUCUACUCGAGUCCAGUUCUGCGCCUGUCUGAUUUCCACAGCAACAAGCUGUCUGCGAAGGCUAACCGCCAGCUUCAAGACCCUCUCAUAAUCAUGACGGGCAACCUGCCCAACUGGCUCAGCGAGAUCGGAACAGCAGCCCCAUUUCUGUUUCCGUUUGAUACGCGACACCUGCUGUUCUUUGUGACGUCAUUUGACCGAGACCGCGCCAUGAUGAGACUGCAGCAGGACGUAGCGGCAGACAGCAUACAGAACGACAGUGACCGCGUCGCACCGCGGCUAGAUCGCAGACGGAAACAAGUGAGCCGGGUGGACCUCUUAAAGCAGUCCGAGAAGCUGAUGGAGGAACUGGGCAACUCGAAGGCUUUACUCGAAAUCCACUACGAGAACGAGGUUGGUACCGGAUUAGGUCCGACACUUGAAUUCUAUGCUCUGGUUUCCUGCGAAAUGCAACGAGCUGACCUUGACCUGUGGAGAGGCGAUGCAAUUGAAGCACCUAGUCCAUCUGAUCCCGAGGUGAAGAUAAAGUACAUGAACUCGACCUGUGGUCUCUUCCCGGCUCCACUGGCUCGCAACACGAAGGCGGCCAUGCUGAGUCGAAUCAAGUCCAAGUUCAAAUUCCUGGGCAAAUUCCUAGCCAAAGCUCUUAUGGAUUCCAGAAUGGUCGACUUGCCGUUGAGUCCUGUGUUCUACAAGUGGAUGUUGGGACAGGAGCACAGUCUGACAUCGUCUGACCUACAGCACAUUGACCCGGUUCUCUCCAGGUCGUUCAGACAGCUGGAGGACAUUGUCCACCACAAACGACGAAUACUCGCCGACAAGUCACAUACGGAGGAGAGUCGUAAGCUGGCCCUCGACAGUCUGUCUUUGGACGGGUGCUGUGUGGAGGAUCUCGACCUCUACUUCAUCCUGCCCGGCUUCCCCGCCGUUGAGCUCAAGAAGGGCGGAAAGGACGUUCGCUGUACUCUAGAUAAUAUAGAUGAAUAUCUUCAGCUAGUCAUGCACUGGAGUAUCAUAGAGGGAGUGUCGCGUCAGUUCGAGGCGUUUCGGGAGGGGUUCGAGGCCGUCUUCUCACUUUCAACUCUUCAGUGUUUCUGUCCAGAGGAGUUGGAGCAGCUGUUCUGUGGAACUCAGAACGCGAGCUGGGACGUGAAGACGAUGCUGGAGUGCUGUCGUCCAGACCACGGCUACAACCACGACAGCCGAGCGGUCAAGUUUCUUUUCGAGAUUCUCAGUUCAUUCAACGGCCAGGAACAGCGUGAUUUCCUUCAGUUCGUCACUGGCUCACCCAGGCUGCCAGUUGGAGGUUUCCGAAGUCUCAACCCUCCACUGACGAUUGUGCGGAAAACGUUUGACGCCACCGACAAUCCGGAUAAUUUCCUUCCAUCGGUAAUGACGUGUGUGAACUAUCUGAAGCUGCCGGACUAUUCCUCCAUCCAGGUGAUGCGGGAUAAACUGGGUCUCGCGGCCCGAGAGGGACAACUCUCCUUCCACCUGUCAUAGCGAACACUGGACGUCGCGGGUUCGCCACCCACCCACCCACUCACUCGUCUGUCUCCUGUUGACAUUCCCGACUGCCGACUUUCUGCUCGUUUAUUAUAUAUAUAUAUCCCAGCACCGAACUGUCCUAGACAGACGUGUUUAUAAAGGAGAUAUGGAGUUUUGAGUGGCGCGUUAUCAUUGGUUUAAUUAUUCACAGGGAUGGCAGAUGUGUUGAUGGGGUUUUUUGGUGGGUUUUUUUUUUUAGUUUUUUUUUUAGCAUUUAUGUCAAGUCGCCUCCCGUUGGAUGACUUGAAGGAAAGUUUUAUGUGCCAACAGUUUUGAUUUGAUGAAUAUUAGUACAUGGAGGAUUCUGAUUGUUUCAUCGAGAAGUACACCAUGAUUGGUUGGAAAUCUUGCGUCUGCCGUUUGAUCCAUGGAUUUUUCUUUUUUCUUUAACAGGAGGAAAAAACGAAUUGUAUUGAAAUUGUUCUGGGUUGUUUUGUGUUCUGAAACUACGUACUGUUUUUCACCUGGAGUAUUAUAUAUUAUCCAUUGAAAAUUGAUAAAAUUACAACAACUAAAACUUGUUAAAAUUGACCGAACUAUAUUUAUAUAAUAUACAGCCAAUAAUAUAAUAAUAAUUAUGCUAUUUUUUAUUCUGUGAUUUGAUUGUCUGAGUGCUUGAUGUGUAGCAAGUGCUAUGCUCAUUUUUGUUUUUCUUCAUAUUCUUUAUAUGUCGUAUACUUGAUUUGAUUUGUGUAAGCGUAACGGUAAAUAACCCUUUGUCUGCCAUUUGUGUUCGGUCUUGUGAACGACGUUACAGGGAAUGCUAAUAUUACAAUGAUGGAUGGUCGCCUUCUUCCUGUCGUAAUUUUAGCACUGACAAGAAAAUAAUACGCUGCUUUUAUUGUUUUGUGUGUACAAUAACUUUUUAGUUGCAGGAUGAUAAAGGGUAGGAAAAUGGCAAUAGACUACAUUUGGUCGAUAUGUUGAAGGGCAUAACGAUUGAUAUCUGAAUACACAGAUCUGAAUACAUAGAUCGUCUUUAUUCCACAUUGCUAUAUUUUUUAUAUGGGUGUAUUAAUGUCCGAAAUAAAGACCUCAAUCUGAAGAUAAUUGCGUAACAGUUAUUCACUUCAAAACAUAUUUCUGUUCUCGCUCUCAGUUGGUCUUUGAAUUUUUAUUUUGUAAUAAACAAUCACUUUCAAAACAAUGGGUAAUCGACAGUAAUAAUGAUGUCUGCAACAGACGAAAAUUACAACAAAUACAACUCAUUUAUGUUCAAUGAUUUUUUUUUAAUCAAGUACCCAGGAAGUAUUAAAACUGAUGACCCUAAUUUUUGAUGUAUGUUCCUCUUCUGUUUUCGAAUAAGCUGCAAGUUGAGUUACUAUAAACAUUAGUACGACCAGGAACACAGAUACACCUAAAUUGAUGAUUUAAACAAAAGGUAAGUUAUGUGUUACCGGUAUAAAAGCUGUAAUGGCUGAAACUAUACUCAACAACAUUAAUUAAGGACCAACAUAUAUUGAUGACAUUUUUCUUCAAAUGUGGUAUUAAUUUUUUUUUAUAUAUAUACAGCUUCUUCCGUUAUAAGGUGAUGAUGUUUUGUGACAUUUUCUUAACACAAAUUGUUUAAACAACAAUUUUAGACAGAACAAAAUGACAAGUAUGGCUAGUGACUACUAGGGCAUUUUAGUAGCUUUCAAAUGUGCACGAAAAACCCACCAUGUGCAAGAUUUUGGCAUACAUCACGGGUCAGAUUUUACUGAAACAAUGUUUAGAAGUUAUUGGUGGGCAAAACUUUCUAUACUAAUACGACACAAGCAAAAAAGAAUUACAAAAAGUUCAUAGGUUCUUAAAUAAUUUUGUUGAGUAUGUUUUGCACUGCCUACAAAGCAGGGACAACAGGGCUUGAAAUUACCCGAUGAGCUUCAGCAGUGUGCACGAAAUGUCAAACCAGGGACAACAGGGCUUGAAAUUACCCGAUGAGCUUCAGCAGUGUGCACGAAAUGUAGUCCGUGACCAUUCCUUUUGUUUGUGUAUGCAUGUUUGACAAGACUUCUGUUCUAUUCAAUUUGUUUCAUGUGUAUCUGCACCGACAGUCAUAAAAAUAUAUUUGUAUUGAUGUGUGCGAACCUGCUAUACAAGGCACCUUGUAAAAGGGACAACUCCUCUAUGUGUUUUACCUCGGCAUAAAGGUGGCCAGCUCUUGAAAACCAUGUGUUUUUAAGUCUCCUGGUCCCCGUUCCACAUAGCGAUCUUAGCCCUAAAAUUACCUUAGACGCAUAACUACCCUGUGCACUUAAGUUGAUCUUAGCCCUAAAAUUACCUUAGACGCAUAACUACCCUGUGCACUUAAGUUGAUCUUAGCCCUAAAAUUACCUUAGACGCAUAACUACCCUGUGCACUUAAGUUGAUCUUGGGGCUAAGAUCGCUUCCUGGAACGGGGCCCUGGGCUACUAUAGAUUUGGCUAUAUAUAUACUGAUUAUGAAAUUGGCAUUGAAAUUCAAUUGUUUUUUAAUUUAUGUGCCGACUUGAAUGUUCCGAUUGAGAUAGAAAAGUUAUGUAGGUGUGGUAACAAGGAAGAAUCUUUUUUGAGUUUUUUUUUCUUAACAAAAAAAGCUUUAUCACCCAUCAUAAAUUUACUAGGAUAUCAUCAGUUUUACAUUCAAAAACGAUUCUGCAGAGAUGAAAAUACAGAUUUUUGUUGUUGUAAUUCUGGAUUUUAGCCCUGCCUGACAACUGUUUGUUCUUGUUCUUUGUUAACAAGCUUAGAGUAACCCAAUAGUUCUGAAGACCUUCCAAAAGUUAUCCAGAUUUUUUCGGUCGAAUAUCAUUUUCAUCAUCUCUGAAUACUUUUGUAAGCUGUCACUUAUGUCAGUACAAAAAAAGUACUUCUAUAGGUACAAAAGACAUACUUCUAUCAGUACAAAAGAAGUACUUCUGUAAUAUGAAAUAAGUACUGUAGUACUAAAAAAAGAACUGUAUAAAUAUGAAAGAAGUACUAUCAGUACAAAAGACUUGCCCCAGUACAAAAGAAGUAAUCCUAUCAGUACAAAUGCUUUUUUUAUCAGUACAAAAGAAGUACUGGUACUUUUGUAGUAAGAUAGAAGCACCUUUUGCAUGAUGUCAAUUUGAUAUGCAGACUUCUCUAGUACCUUCCAGUCUCCAAUAUCAAACUGAUUUAAAGAAAAUUUAAAAUCCUUAGUUUGGUUUCAUAAUGAUUAUAAUAUUUUCUUGGUUGUAUUUUCUGUUUCCAUUAUGUCAAUAAAUAUUACCAACUGAGAAAAA